UAUUUUUAUUUUCUCUGGAUUUCAUUUGGUUUUAAUCUUGGAUAAUAUACUAUAUUGAAGUUAGCUUCUGCCUUCUAAUAAAAUAAUGGACCAGAAUCUAUUGAAUUUUUGGAAAAACUAUGAGGACAUAAUCAAUUGGGGUUAUAGAAUUUCAGGGACUCGUGGAUCGAAUAAUAGUAAUAAUUCGUCAGCGGCUUUUCAUAUUGAAACGAAGGAAAUUAGUGGAUAUACAACUUUAAACACUGAAGAGAACGAGUAUGAUGCUGAUGUUUACUCUUCUGAUGAAAGUGUUGAUAUUGAUUUAGAAUAUUUAAAAUUUUGUAAAACAACAUUUGAACAUCAAGAAAAAAUAGAAUUAGAGAAGAGAAAAGUUGACAAAGAGUAUGGUCUGUGCAAUUCACCCAGUUUUGAAAAUGAAACUACCAGUAAUACUGAGAUAAAUGAUAUAAAUCCAAUGGAACUCUAUGGUUCAAAAGUAAAUGAGAUUGAAUGUCUUGAAAAUGAACUGCAUUCUGAAUUUGAUAAAUUUUGUUCUAUGAAGAAACCUGUGUUAUGGCCUGGUAUGGCAUUUAACUGGGAUGUUCCAGCUGCUUGGCAGGAAAUAAAGAUUUAAUAGUUUCAUUUAUACCAAAUUUCAUAUGUUUUGCCAUAAGUUUUUGUACACCAUCUAGUUUUAAAAGCCUUAUUGUGUUAGAUAUACUAACAUCACUCCAGCUAAAAACACGAAGCCAGAACUGCAUUUGGACCCAAAAAAACGGAGCCAUCCAUUCUUGGGGUAAAAUGUACCCCAAGAAAUGGUAAACUGGAAUCAGGCACCUAAGAAGAGAGAUAAAUACAUUUGUAUUAUGAUGUAUAGUGUAAAAAUUGUAUAAUAAAAUUAAAUUUAAUAUUACUGGAUA